UUACCAUUGACACCAAUGUGUUGAUAUAGCAUUUUCUUUUGAAAUGAUUUUUCUUUGUCUCGCUGUGACAAGGUACUCGCCACAUCCUGGUUCUGUCAUCAGAACACGUCACAUUCAGAGAGUUGAACCUAUUUCCUGUACAUCUCUCUGACACACACACGUUUUCUCUACACACUCUCUCACACACACAUUCUCUCUCUCUACAGACACUUUCUCUCUCUCUACACACACACUUUCUCCAUCUCACACUCACACUCUCUACGUCCACACUUGCUGUCUGCUAAAUAACAGUGUCAGGAAUAUCAUCUAUCAUGGUGGGCUACUGUCCCAUCUGUGGGAAACCCGUCUACUUUGGUGAGAAGAAGAGGUCGUUGGGGCGUGACUACCACCCUCUGUGUCUGAAGUGUCAACAGUGUCAGAGACAGUUGACCCCAGGACAACAUGCAGAGCAUGAUGAGAAGCCCUACUGCACUAACUGUUACAUGAAGACGUUCGGUCCCAGAGCUUCAGCUCUGGAGCUCAGAGAGACCAUCUCCAUGGCAUUGGCAUCAACAUAA